CGUGAUUCACGUUUAGCAACACGUCACACAUCACAUGAAGAAGUUGGAGGCGUUUACGCUUCCGGUUUCUGUUACGUCGUUUUGAUCAUCUUAAAAUCAACUAAUUCAAUAAACGGAGCGAUUGGUGGUUUUGUAAUGCUGUAUAUGACAUGGCUGUAGCAAUGAGCUCCACUUGUCCUGGGCUGUACUGCGGAAGGACCAUCAUAAAUGACUCUUUUGAAGGAGAAUGUGGGGUUUGUCCUCGUGGCCAGAGAACAAACUAUGAAAAGAUUUGUGAGAAGUGCACAGGAUCUCCUGAGCUGUAUGACUGGCUGUACCUGGGCUUUAUGGCGAUGUUGCCUCUGGUCCUGCACUGGUUUUUUAUAGAGUGGUAUUCUGGGAAGAAAAGUUCUAGUGCCCUUUUCCAGCAUAUUACUGCUCUGUUUGAGUGCACGGCUGCUGCCAUAGUGACUCUGCUUCUCAACGAUCCUGUCGGCCAGCUGUCUAUUCGUUCCUGCGAGGUUAAGAUGCUUUCUGACUGGUACACCAUGUUGUAUAACCCCAGUCCCGACUACGUCACUACUCUGCACUGCACGCAGGAGGCUGUGUUCCCUUUGUACACUAUUGUGUUGAUCUACUACGCAUUCUGUCUGGUUUUUAUGAUGCUUCUGCGGCCACUUCUGGUUAAAAAAAUUGCAUGUGGUUUGGGCAAGACGGAUCGUUUCAAGAGCAUCUACGCAGCACUGUACUUCUUCCCCAUCCUCACUGUCCUGCAGGCAGUCGGAGGAGGACUUCUUUAUUAUGCAUUUCCAUAUAUUAUUUUGGUCUUAUCGUUGGUCACGUUGGCAGUUUACAUGUCUGCAUCAGAGAUACAGUCUUUCAAAAACCUUGUGGCUAAGAAGAAGCGCCUCGUGGUUCUCUUCAGCCAUUGGCUCCUUCAUGCAUACGGUAUCAUUUCCAUAUCCCGACUGGAUAAACUAGGACAGGAUUUGCCGUUGUUGGCUUUGGUGCCCGGACCUGCUCUCUUCUACCUGCUGACGGCCCGGUUCACAGAGCCAAACAGAAUUCUGUCAGAGGGUGGGAAUGGACACUGAUGUCAAUUCCUGUGUAGGAAAAUCAUCUCCCACAGACUUUUAAUUUAAUGACACCUUUGGCACGGACACCAAAGAGCCAUAAACACGACAUUUAGUCACUGUUCAUAAUAUAGUAUGUUGCCAUAAAGUCUUUUACGUCUAUGAAUAUUAUGUUGCUUGCUUGUAUUGAACAGAUCAAAUACUUUGUGAAAAAUGUUCUUUUCCUUAGUGUAUUUCUUUGCAAAAUUGGGAAAAUAUUCAACGUUUUUGUAAAUUUAUGGUAACUUAAAUAUAUAUUAUUUCUUUCAGGUUGAUACUAGUGAUUUACAUCUGUUGUCAAGAAUAGAUACAAAUCAACAAUUUGUUGUAAUGUACAGUGUAUUUUUUGUGUGUUAUAUAUGAUACAGCUGGUCUGUGAAUUUCAUGAGAGCCCUGAAGUAAUGUUAACCAACUUCAUAUGACAAAUGUUGUGCCAAAUAUAAUGUUAAUGUAUUUAAGCUUAGUUGUCAUGCAUGGUUAAAUGAUAAAAGCUAUAAACACUAUAAAAGGUAUGUUGGGACAAAUUUGCAUGUGGCAUUAUGAUUGUUUUGCUGCUGAAUAUGUAAAUCUGUAUACACAUUGUAUUGUGAGAAUAAUUAUGUAGUUUUCAGUGUUCUCAAACACUUAUCCUUACAACUUGAUGAAAUAAUUCUCUUAUUAAGCAUGUAUAUUUUUAUGUUCUACAGUGAUGUGUGGAAUAUAACAAACUGAUUAGA